GUGAAAGUCAGCGGCCCCCCUUUAUACAUCGAUCGGCCCCGUGGAUAUGUUCUCGGUCCCCCCGCAAGCCCGAACAGCCGAGCAGGGACCCCCACGUCCACUGGAGUGAAGCUAGGCAUGGCUUCUUGUGCCUCCAUGUCCGUGAUGGCGGUGGUGCUAAUGGUACUAGCGGCGGCGCAACCAGCUCGUGCGGAUCGGGCGUGCUACACACGGGUGUUCAGCUUUGGCGACUCAAUAACGGACACAGGCAACUAUCGCUUCGUCUUCACCAACGACAACGGCGCGCACGCGCCGUGGCCCUACGGCGAGACCUACUUCCACAAGGCCACUGGUCGCUCCUCCGACGGCCGCCUCAUCGUGGACUUCAUCGCGGACGCGCUAGGGCUGCCGUUCGUGCCGCCGUACUGGGGAGGCCAUAGCGCGGAGUACUUCGCAGGCGGGGCCAACUUCGCCGUCGGCGGGGCUACAGCGCUGAGCCCAGAAUUCUUGCGGGAGAAUGGGGUACCCCUGGCAACUGACACGGUGCACCUCGACAUGGAGAUGGAUUGGUUCCGCGACCUGCUCAAGCAGCCCAAUUUGCUCUGCCCAAACGAUUUUACCGACUGCACCAACAUGAUGGAAAAAUCUCUCUUCUUAGUCGGUGAAAUUGGGGGCAAUGAUUACAACGAACCUCUUCUCUCCGAGAUGCCCAUUGAGAUGGUUCGCAACCUCACCCCGAGUGUUGUUGCCAAAAUUUCUGCAACUAUUACUGACUUGAUUGGGCUGGGUGCCAAAACGUUGCUAGUUCCUGGCAAUCUUCCAAUUGGAUGUGUCCCAAACUAUCUCAUGGUAUUCAAGAGUGACAAGAAGGAAGAUUAUGAGUCAGAGACUGGGUGCUUACGGUUGAUGAACGAGUUCUCAAAGUACCACAACAGAUUUCUUCUUGAUGAGUUGGAGAAGUUGCGCAAUCUUCAUUCUGGCGUGUCAAUAAUAUAUGCCGAUUACUAUGGAGCUGCUAUGGAGGUCUAUCUUUCUCCUAAGAAAUUUGGGAUUGAUUUUCCUUUGGUGGCUUGCUGUGGUGGAGAAGGAUUUUAUGGUGUGUCCGCAACCGUAAGAUGCGGCAAUGGAGAAUACAUGCUCUGUGAUGACCCAAGAAAGUACGGAUGAUGGGAUGGCUUACAUCCCUCAGAAGCUGUAUACAAAGUCAUUGCCAAUGGUCUGCUAAGGGGUUCAUACACGCAGCCUCCGAUUGCCAAUAGCACCAAUUCGUGUCUACAACUUCCUGAAACCGGCUCUUCUGAUGAAGAGAAUGUCCUCUAUGACUUGUAAUAUUGUAACUAUGGCAGAUUAUUGUUCAUUCUUAAAAAAUGCCUAAUUAUGGCCAUGUUCAA